GACGAGAUGAGAAAAAAGGGUUUGAGUUGGACGAUGUUGCACUCUUACUUUCUUCUAAAGUCUUUGUCAAUUCAUCUGAAUUCUCAUAAUUUCAUGGCGAGCUGAUUGUUUCCAUCUCAACUGCUAUUAACUCGGGUUACUCAUGCUACACGUCAAAGUCAUCUCAAACAUAAAUCGGGAGAGUCCAGUUGUCAACCCGGAAACAUUUAAACUGUCCCGAAACUCGAGCUGGAAUCGAAAAAGCCUCGAGGACAUUCACAAUCAUGUCUUCGCUUCGUCAACGCCGGGUCGACGACGAAAUUACCCAAACGAUAACCCAAGAGACUCUACCGCAACACCACAAAGAUGCCGAAAGCGCUACCAAUGAGAAGACGCUGCGUCCACGAGUCUUGGGUCUCUUUCGCAUCCAGUCGACCGGGGAAAGUGGGAGGAAAGGGUUUCAUCCAUUACACUUCCUAUACAUUUGUUUCCGGAGCACUUGCACGCUGUCCAUGAUCGUCAAUGUCCUCUGGCCGUUUGUGCCUGCCGCGAUUACAAUGGGGUUUGCUCGACCGGAUCUACACGUGUGGACAUUUGCGCUUAAUUAUAUUGCCAUGGUACCGACAGCCAAUUUACUGGGGUUCGCAGGAGGAGAGCUGGCACGAAAAUUACCGCGAGUUUAUGGAGUGUUGUUGGAAACGUCAUUAACAUCCGUCGUUGAAAUUAUAUUGUUUAUGGUUUUGAUCAAGAAGGCGGACACCAACGAGCUCGUCAAUGUCAUUCAGGCCGCAAUCCUAGGCUCGAUCCUGGCUAAUUUGUUACUGUGUCUGGGGCUGUGCUUUUUCUUUGGUGGUAUCCGGCGCGAUGAGCAGAUACUACACGAAGCCGUGAGUGAAGUCGGAUCAGGCUUGCUCCUGGUUGCUGGAUUUGGACUCUUGAUUCCAAGCGCUUUCAAUGCGACAUUGUCCGGGGCAGAAUCACCCAUGACGCCCGAAGAACUUCAGGCCUCGACUCGGACGAUCAGUCGAGCUACUGCCGUCAUUCUACUUUGUGCCUAUCUUAUGUUCUUGUGGUAUAAUCUGCGUACCCACAACACCAUUUUUGACGAAGUCCUGGAAAAAGACGAAGACAAUGAUGAGGAUGGCGACAAAGAGCACUUCCGACCAAAACUUACCCUUUUCGAGAGCGUUCUAGCCAUUGCAAUUGCCAUAACAUGUGUCUCACUUUCAGCGUUGUUCAUGGUCGAACAGAUCUCGCACAUUGUUGAACGAGGCGUGCCCGAUAACUUCAUGGGUUUGAUCCUUGUCCCGCUUGUAGAAAAAGCAGCUGAACACUUAACUGCUAUUGAUGAAGCUUGGGACAACCAAAUCAACUUUGCCCUUUUUCACUGUCUUGGACCUUCCAUUCAAACGGCCUUACUCAAUGCCCCCUUGGUUAUACUCGUUGCUUGGGGCUUGGGUAUUCCAGAAAUGGACCUCAACUUUGAAAUUUUCAUGGUCGUCCUACUAGUCUUAUCUAUACUUGUCGUGGGCAAUUUCCUGCGUGAUGGUAAGUCUAAUUACAUGGAAGGCGGACUGUGUGUGCUCGUCUAUGUGAUUAUUGCUGUGACUACGUGGUAUUAUCCAUAACCUUCCUGCAUACCUGAAUCGAAGAUGUAACUGAGGGUUAUAUCUCAAAAAAUGAGCGGCUUUUGCAUAGCGAGUAUUACUGGAGUUUUCUCUUUGAAAUAUACAACUAUCCAUUGUGGGAUACAUUUGUACCUUGGCCCAGGAGUAAUGAUAAUUCUAGAUGCAUGAAGCACG